CUUUGUUUCAAAUAAGGUGAAGGACACUUAGCUCCUCGCGUGCAGUUUCCAAUGGCAGAGGAAUCGGCAUGGUUUUGACCUUUGUAUGCACCCAUUUGAUGGAGCAAACAUCCGAACUAGACGAAUAAUGUAACUGAAAUCCAGAUACAUACUUUUCAUCUAGUUGUCUUGCUGCUGUUUCUUUAUUAACGCUGAUUCCGUGUUCGAUUAAACUAUGAAAGUUCGAGACUGAGUGCUCAUGAUGUUCUCCAGUGAACAAACAGAACUACAGUUUUGAAUCUUGACGUUAAAUGGUACAUUUUGUGUCGUCCCAACAAAAUGUUGAAAGCUCUGGCCAGCAUUCAGCAGGGUAUGCCUGCACAUGUAACUCAGCUGUCUAAGCUGCCACGUCAUAUAAAGCUGACAGCACUUGGCGUGACUGUAGGUUUGGCAUUGAUGGGAUUUCUUGCAGCCUUUUUUCGAAGACGUCGUCGCAGAGCUCAGCAAAUCCAGAAAAAGCUUCAGGCCAAACAACAACAUCGUCGCCAGCAUCAAACUCUUCCUCAUCACAGAAUUCAAUACCUCACCCAGCGCCCAGGCAGUGCUAAUGCUAGUCUCAAUGCCUGCUUACCAAAUGGAGAUAUUUCCUCGAAGAAAAGUAAUGUCAGCAACAACAGUGGGUCUGUCACCAUUUUAGAACAAGUCCGGCAAAGUGCCCUUUCUGCAUCUAUGUCAAGCCUUGAUGCAUUGUCUAUGACUUCCUCUACAUCAACAAUCACCCAUUCUGGUCUUGAUACCACAAACAUGAGUCCACUGGAGCUUUGUCAGCUUGGUAUGGAAAGCCUAUCAACAGCUGUAUCUAUAUGGGAAGAUGCCAUUAUGAAGUUAUCCUACCUUGAUGAUCAGCCAUAUCCUGCUAUUCCAGACUCGGAUACUGCUGCCCUUCAACAUCGGCUGGAAAAUCUGCUUGAUGUUGCAUACCGUAUGCAAGACAACUAUGAACGGUUGUGUGAGCGGCAUGCUGAUCAUGUGGCUCUUGGCACUGCACUGUCUGCUUUUGCGGAUGUAGACACAGAACUGGAGAAGCUUAGAAACUUGGAGGAGGAUUCUAGCGACCAAGAGUCUUUUGUUUCUGCAACUGAUAUGGCCAACCUUGCUGACCUGGAGUGUCACAGAGAAAUGCUUCAUAGUGUGCCGCUUUACGAAGCUGGAUUACUUCAACUACGACAUGGCACAGUGCCCUGCAGAACACUCAGGGCAGAAAUGGCUCACUGUUUAUCAGAUGUUGAGUUUCUGGCAAAACUUCAUGGAAUCCGACUAGCAUUUGAGGAGAUCUUUGUGCAUCAAGAAAACAGACUGUGGUUCAUAAACAUAGGACGCCGACUAAUAGGAGAUUUGCUAUUGAAAGCAGACAAGGAUGUAGAGGAGUUCUACAUGACUUAUGACACAUUAAUGCAAUACAUUGAUGAGCCUAAAAAUUGGAUAAAAAUUGAAGAGGAGCUUGCAGGUAGAGGGCUGAAGUGUCUCUCAUUCUAUGACAUCGUCUUGGAUUUCAUUAUGAUGGACGCUUUUGAUGACCUGGAAAACCCACCUUCAACAGUCACAGCGGUCGUACAGAAUAGAUGGUUGUCUAAUGGCUUCAAGGAAACGGCUUUAGCAACAGCAGUGUGGUCUGUUCUGAAAGCAAAACGUAGAUUGUUGAAGUUUCAAGAUGGAUUUGUUGCUCACUUUUAUGCCAUCUCUGAACACACAAGUCCUGUGCUAGCCUGGGGUUUCCUUGGACCUGAUUCAGAACUUAAAACAUUGUGUAACUUUUUCAAGGAUCUGGUGCUGGGUUUUAUCCGCGACAUCUUCAGCUUUCAAAAAAUGAGAUAUACUACAGUGGAAGAACUAGCAGAGGACAUUAUGGACGUUGCAAGAAAAGCCAGUGAAACUGCGUGGGAGCGGCUCAAGUUGUGAGGUGGCAGUGUCUGGGAUUAUUCAGGGACCAUUUGUGCAGACUACUGUGAUAACACUAAAAGGUCAUACCACCAGGGGAGCAUUGGACAGUUCUUACCUGUGAUUCUUACUCGGCCUUGACCAUGGGUUGUUUGCGUCUUGCUACCUGUUCAGUGCAAGUUGACGAUCAAAGAUAUGGUGACUCGAAAACAAUUUUCUCUUUUUUUGCCUGCUCUUCGAGAAAGGAUAAAGUUUUAAAAUAGUGUGUACAUAAUAGUGAACAGGUAGGUUGGUUUCUACCUUAGAGCUGGCAGCAUACUCCUGUUGCAUAGAACUUUUUUUUAGCAGACCAAAACUUCAUGACAUUACAGAAUGAUGAUUUUUAAUUUUAUUUAAUUGUAAUCUGUAUAAAGUGUAAAGGAUCCACUGACACCAACAAGUGCAACAUUCCUUAAAACUGCAGAGUACACUUUAAAAGGAUAUUCCAAAUGAAAGGGGCUUCUGAAAAAACUGGCACACAGAUCUUCAAUGUUUGGUUUGUGCUCAUUUAAAAAAAAUUUUAAAUUUUAGUCACCUAGGCUAAAGCUAGGCUGGCUAUCUUGAAAAGAAAGCUGAAAAAAGUACUAAAAGGCCAUGCUUUUUUUUAAUGAGUUUGUAUGUUUGAAUGCGAUAAUAGCUCUGGUGCAUGAAGUUAUGCUUUUGGAAAUACUAAAUCCUAGCAUUUUUUUUUUCUUAGGUUAGGGAAAAAUACUAGCUUAAUUUUAUUAUCUUCAUAUCUCAACUACAGCUGUUGUGACCUUUGGUCACUUCUCAGUACUGCAGAAUUAAGCAGUAAAAAGCCUGGGUCUAGAUUGUUACAAAGAGCCAUGAGUAUACUUACACAAAUGAUUUGGGCUUUCUUAAUGGUCACAGAACAUUUUAUAUGUUUAUAUCUCUACAUAUAUAUGGGUGAUGAGUAUUCGGAAAUGUUUGUGCAUGUAUUGUAUGUGUGUUUUCUCUCUUCUACAUCACAUUCUCCACAUUUCAUCUCUGAAAUGCAUUUCACAUUCUGAAAAAUUCUUCUUUUUUUCAUGUGAUGCUAUGAUGAGAUUGCAGGAAGUCUUGCUUUUCUUGUGUAUUCCACAGCCCAGCAUUAAGCUGCAGCAGUGGUAUUAGAUAACAUUCUUGAAAGAUGUACAGUUGUCUUCUGCGGCACAGUGUACCAUUCACUUUCAGUUUUAGACGUUUGCAGUCGAUGAUUAUGCUGACUGAUCUGCUGAAAGUUGGAUUUAAAUAUUUUGUUUUAUGUAUGGUAAGUGCAGUCCCAACCUUCCUAGGAAGUUCAGAAGGGCAGAGAAUAGAUACUCAUAUUUCUGGCCCAAAAAUGAAAAGGGCUGUGUUAAACUGAUGAGAGGUUGUUAAAUUAUCACCUGUUAAAUUUUUGCACCUCUUUGGGAUUUUUCCGCCUGAAUUCUUUUUCAUUCAAAUACUAGCUGUAUUUUUUUAUUUCUAGUUUCAGAAUUUUUUUAUUAUAAGGUCUAAUAUCAAUAACGUAACUGCUACUUCAAGAUUUUGUUCAUAGAACUUUUGUUCAUAGAACUGCUGAAUAAAUGAUACAUUUGUUGAGUAGCCACAUUAUCCACACUUUCUUUCUUUCUUUUUUUUUUUUGAUCGAUCUUCUUGUUAAACUUGUGCAUAAUAUCAUACAGAAUAUGUUAUAUUACCCUAGCCCACUUCUCGCUGUGGUCCGUAGUAGCUUUUAGUGCCUUUUGAGUGUUGUGUGAGUUUAGCCAGUCCCUUAAGCAUGCCUUACUGGUGGCUAAGAACUGAGAUGGUUAUUAAUGGAUGUUUAAAAUAAACCAAAUUACAAGAUUUUAUCAUUUCAAAUAGGCUGUUGCUUUGAGAAAAGUUCUGUAAAUGGCACAACAGUACCCGAAAGCAGAUUGCAACUAGUAAAUAAAAAUAGGUCAUGAUGUUCUGUU